AUGUACAUCAAACCCUCUUCUCUUCUGUCGUCUUCCCAGGAAAAUCGUAGUCUCACUAUCAAAUUAAGAAAACGAAAGCCAUCCAAGAAGGUGGAAUGGUCAAGUGACACAGUGGACAACGAGCACUUGGGACGGAGAUCUUCCAAAUGCUGCUGCAUCUACGAGAAGCCCCGGGCUUUUGAUGAGAGCUCAACAGAGAGCGAAGAUGAGGACGAUGAAGGCUGCGGCAAUGCCCAUUGCAUCCGAGGCCACAAGAAAGGCCAGCGGGGGAAGGCACAGUCUAAAGCGGGAGAUCCUGGUCCAAAGGAGAACAACUCCAAGAAGGUGGAGCUACCUGACCAAAACCAUGCAGGGGCCAUGCAGCACUGAACCAUACUUGGCCAUGGGGCAGAGAAGGAGCUCCUCAACUCUCCCCCAAAAAAGGACUGACACCGCCCCAACUGAGGCGAGGGAUGAAAAGAAGGGAAGGCCUAUACAUCCAGUUCUCAGCUGUCUUGUGCUGGUGCUGCCUUGACCCCGUGGGUAAGGGGGAGGGAGGGUCACUCACACCCAGCUCCACGCCUGUCUUGUGUCAGUGCUGCUACUGUUGUCUCUAUCCAUCCGUGGCUGGUGAGUCUGUCUGGUGCCACCCAUCCUCACCCUGCCCAACGAGGAAUGUAUUGACAGUACCUUCUUGGGUACUGUGGCUGAUUUUUUUCCCCCCCACUGCAACUUAAUUAAAUAUUUGUUAUCGGUGAUGAAUAUGACGGGGAUUGGGUCUGCUUUGAGAAGAGCAGUGAUAGAGCUUCGACCAAGAUCUUUCCUCCUUCCCCUUGUCUUCCUCACUAUCUCCGGUUUCUUCCUUUAUUGCAGGCUCCUUUCCCAUUGGUCUUUUUUAGCUCUGUGUAAGAAACCUACAGUCCACUCGGUUAAUCCGUGCUUGCAUUCUUCUUUUGCACUGAGCCUGCAUCGCUUUCACUAUCGGCUCCACUGCCUCCCCCUUGCAGACUCACUCAGUGCAAACUCACUCUGACAUAAAGCUGCCUUAUAAAGAUGCAGUCAUUAGGUCCCUCCACUCUCUUAGGCUCCUAGUUCCUGGAAAAGGGUAGGUGUUGAUUCCACCUCAUCAGUGAUAGCACGACAGUCUCCAUUUAUCUUCAGGUAUCUACUUAAAAGGACACUUCCUUUCCCCCCCCCCCAUGUUUUUUUUUAAUUUUUCUUACAUAAACAUCUGUAAGAAUUCUUAGUAGUGGGAAUGAAAGGUAUGGAGAGGGUGCAAAAGACAUGGGAAAUGGUUGGAAACCUCGUGGGUCUUACUGAUUUGGGGUUGAGAGGAACUUGAAAAUGUAAACUAGAAAGAUGUAAAAGAGAUGAACGUUGUAUGCACAGGCUGAUGUAUGGACUCAAAAAAAAAAAAAAAAAAACCCCAGGAAGUUGGGCCCAGUCUGAAAACCAAUCCCAUGGUCCCCUUGCACAAUCCCCGUAUAUUCCAUUGCUUGGGCAUAUUAUAUACGACCUUUCCUGAAACCACGGGAUUCCGCUGGAGCCUAAGGAAUGGGACCUUCCGUUGCAUGAACAUUUGAUUAUCCUGGCUACCCGUGGUUUGAUGUGGGAGAAUUGUACAUUCUCAAAAUCUUUCUCUUUCCUCCGUGUGCUUAUUUUAGCACCCUGCUGAUUAAAAAAAAUCACAUUCCACAAGAAAUGCUCACAGCAGUGUAUAACCUUUUUGACAGGUAAGCUCAGUUUAGUCAGCCUUACAGCAGGUAUGUUUCUCAUCAGCCAUGAUGAACUACUUUUUUCAGAGAUUAAAGCUGAAGGUGCAUGAAUGUUCUCGGUAGAAACCUUUAAAAUAAGAAACCAAUCUCGCCCCUUAGUGAGGUUUAACCCCCUUAAUUCUUGUAUCACUCAUUUGCCGAAGUGGGUUCUUGGCUUAGGGAGAAGUCUGUGCAGGAAAGUUUGGGUUUCAGAGAAAGCCUCUUGUAUUUUGUGUUCUCACUAGAUAAAAUUUGGUUUACAAAAUAACAGAAGAAGGCUGGACCUCCUGGCAUUUUGUGAUAAAACUCAUAGUUAGCUACUAUUUUUAGGCAAGUUGCAUGGCACAAUUGGAUAAAUAUUGUAGUUGGUUGAGCUUAUGGACUUCAUUAUGUGCUCUUUGCUUCCCCUCACCCCCACAAUACAAACUGUACAGAUGUACAAAUCUGGGCAGGUUAUAUAAGCUUCUAUAGUAUUACUGUCUUUUGCUUUCACCAGAGAAGUAAGAUAUAUGUUUGCUCACAAUCAGCUGAGAAAAUAGAUUGUGCCUCCGUGACUGGCAUAUUUCAUAGCAAACAUGUUGCAAAACAGGACAUUGGAUGGGAGAGUUCAGUGGACUGGCCCAGCAAACACAAGAAUUGCUGUAUAAAAUGCUAUAAAAUAUAUUUACAGGAAAGCACAAAAUUGGGCAAAUUGACUGGGAGGUCAUUUAGACAGUUUCUUGUUGGCCUUGUUGGAAAAUAGAAUGUUCAUAUUUUUUAAAAGCAUUAAGGUUUAUAGCAUAGAUUCAUACAUUUGAACUGGCUUCCUGGAUCCCCGCAGUAGCCUAAGAAACGUGGCGCUGAAUUUAAACAUCACCACCAUCUCAAUGUGGUGCACUACAGAGUGUCAAACUUUGCAUAUGACAUAUUUGUAUCAAUUUUUCAUACAGCAAUUCUACUUCAUUCAAUAAAAGCCAUGCCUGACAGGUAAAUGAGCUGCCCAACGUAUUUAUCUGAGGAUGGUGACUUUAACAUUAAAAAGUUUAAUAGAAAUUACAGGCAUAGUAUUAUAGAAAAUUGGUAAGCAUUGACAUUAGGAGACCAGAAACUCAAAAGAAGAAGUUUUUCACCCUCUCAACUUGUAAGCCUUCUUACCCUUUCAAUUUCAACAAUUAAGAUUUUGCUUGAAACCCCGAGAGUUAGGAUUUUUUUUUUCCUGUUUUAAGACAUUCCUGAAAUAGCUCUGAUCUAUUUAGUACAUUACCAUGAAUGGCCAACCAAAGUCACUAGCUACUUGGAUAAAAAUAGUUUAAUGGUUUUGAUGAUUUUGCUACAACUCUCCCCAUUGCUGGGAACUGCUGCUUGUUGGUAGUCCUAACGCUGGGAAGACACCCUGUUUUGAAAAACUAUGCCAGACUGUCUUGUUCUUGCAUCCUGAGGAAGCCUGUGCCAAAGUUAAUGGUUUGAAUACUUAAAUUGUAUGGAUUUUGCUGGUUGACAUGCCCGAUUUGUGUUCAUUUGGGAUAUUUGGAACUGUGGGAAAAGCUGCCUUGAGCUUCAUGGAGAAGCAGAAUAUAAGUAUACUGAAGAAUAAAAUGUCUGUUCAAUGAAUAAGAUACAAAGUUUUUCAAUGGAUGUCCCUCUGAAUAUAAUGCUUUAUCUUGAACUAAGGUUUUAAGCCUUUUCCUAAGUUAAGGGUGGGCAGUCUGAUUCUCAGCAGCACCUGGUCCCCACAGUAUGAAAGAUUACAAGUUCCCUGUGUUUCUGAGAAGUCACCAGCAAUCCAGUGGAAGGUUCUUGCCUUACCCUGUCCUAGCAGUAUUGCAGGUGCUCCUGUUUUAAGUGUUUGUGCAUUUCAGCCAGGAAAGUUAGUUUACUUUCACCAUCCCACAAGGCAUUAGGAAAAACAUGUAGUUCACUUGCAGGCCACGAAUUUUGUAUGUACAGAACUCCCAAACCAAAACCUCCAGCACAAAUAUGAAAAAGAUAUAUAUUAUUUUUAUAGACCAAAAGGGGGAGCAUGGUCACCAAAUAAGCAUAAUUCUAAGUUCACAAGCAUGUGGAGAGUAAAGCUAAAAAUUGCUGGGAUGAAUGUGUUAAACAUGAGUUUAUUGAGUAGUUCCUAGCUUCUUGGUUCCUUCACAGCCCAAGCCAAAAUCAGAGAAGACACAGUGUUGCUUAAUACCUUGUGUCGGCCUCUCUAGAAUUAGUUAAGAUAGCUUUAUAUCGCCUCUGGGGUCAGAAGGAGCAGAGUCUUGAAAAUUUAAUUAUUGGAGACCACAUAUCCUGCUUGAAACCUUAAACACCUUAAUGUGUUUUCUAAGAAAGUUGGGCUGGAUAAUGUUUGUUGUGCUGUUUUUAUAAUGUGGCAGGUAUUUCAGUGUCUAGGGCAGGGCAACCUUAUUGUUGACCUCCCCCGUUUUGGAUCUGGUACUGCUUAUAAGCAGUUCGGUGUGCAUUUUGCACUUUUAGAAUCUGAAAGUAAUAUAAAUUCCACCUCAAGCACAAAGGUCUGUUUUGCAUAAUUGAUUCUACAAUGUUUGACUUGCCUAACUCUGCGAUUAGUCAUGUCAAAAAACAAGAGCUAUGCAGUCACCAUAUAUGGCUCUGUUUUGAACAAAGUAUAUUGUAGAUUCAGCAGUGAUCAUGCCAUGAAACUGCUCAGUUUUAACUGGCAGAUUGUGCUUUUUUUCCCUUUUUCUGGUGUUUCUUCCCUUCGCAGGGGAGCAUGAUCAUAACAGCAGAUGGAUGUCAGCUGCUGUUUACAUAUGGCAUUUAAGAAAGCAGGACAAGGACAUUUAACUCAAAAUGCUGCAGAGAAUGCAAAUAUCUCGAUGCUUACCCAGCCUGUCUUCUGCCAGAUCAUCAGGCAGUGGCAAGGGAGCCAAUUGCAAUGAAUCACAUCAUUACUCAAGAUCAAAAUUACAAAGCCUUGCCUGCCAUUUCGUUUCUCACAUUAGCAACUCACAUAGGCCACGCACAAGCUUAAAACUACAUUGUAAGGGGUAAAUCCCACUAAAUAAAAAUACAAACUUUGGGACACACAUAGAAAAGAUUUGGCUUCCAAUGAAAGCCUGGAUAUAUCCAGCUAGGUAGAGAUCAGCCAUUGGCAAAAGGUCUCCAAAUUGUGUGAGAAAAGUAGGAUUCUAGGCUGUCCGUCGGUUUCUCUUCACUGCUUAGGCAUCUUUCAAAGCUGGUGCUAUGGGUCGCCUCUUUCUAUUUAAACCAGGCCUGUUCCUAUGACUUUUAAGCUGAACCUGCAGACAUUUACCAGCUGAUCCCUCCCAUUUCUCUUAUCUCACAAAUCCUUGGCUUAAGUUAAAAUGAUAAAUGAUGAGGCUCCUGAGUUUGCUCAAAUUCUAGAACCAAGAUGAAUGACCACUCAGUACAGGAGAAUUAUUGGUGUGGGGAGAACCAUUUAAAAUGCCCUAUUUCGAAUCUUCCUUUUGAGCAGCUGCAGGCGCACAACUCUAGUUUGCUUUUGUUUGUGGCUUCCAGAUAUAGGACAAAGAUUAAAAAAAGAAAUAAUUAAAAACUGGGAGGAACACUUUUCCUGUGAGACUUCAAAAGGUUUAGCAGUCUUCUCCCCACUUCUUUUUUCCUGUUGUUCCUUCCAUUUCCUCGAUAGGGUGCUCUGCUAAGCUCCGGGUGAAUCCCUUUUAUCUUCCUAGCUUUUCAUAAUAAAAAGGUACUUUUAACAGCUACAAAAACUACCGCUGAAGUUUUUACCUGCCUAGGUAAUAUAAGAAUAUACCACUUUCAUCCAUGGGAUUUCUAGAUGAGGCUAAUCAUAACCAACCAACAAAACCCCAGCCUUUCUGUUUCCCUGCUGCCAUCUGCUGCUUAUCCAGAUUCCUGCCUCCCGAAUACACUAGUACAGAUAGUCCUCAACUUACGACCUGUCACUUAGUGACAGACUUCGUUAGGGGUUCUUGCAACCAUGGUCACAGGACUGCACUCUGGAUGCUCAGCAACCUGGCUGUGUGUACAGCCGUUUGCAGGACCCCACGGUUAUGUGACCAUGUUUUAUGAUGGGUAGUUUUUUUUAAUGAAAUUUACUUCCAGUUUUUGGCAAAACCAGCCCAUGGAGAAUCGUUGGUUCGUUCAACCACUUAACGGCCACCACAAAAGUUGUAAAAUCGGAUCGAUCUGAUGGGUGUCCCUGAUUUUUGACUGUGUCAGGACUUUACAACUGGGAUAGGUAGGCUCAGUCAUAACUUGAGGACUACCUAUAAUAUUCUAGAAACGGAGCUGAUGUUUAAAAUGACAAGAGCGCUCCCUUGAAAUGGGAGGAAAAGCAGUAGCGGUCGUUGCAAGAGAAAUCUUCAGUGUUUUGCACGCCUUUGCGUUCUCCAAGCAGCUUCCAUGCCAACAUCAGAUGGAAACUGGCUGUGCUACAGUAAUUGGGUUGUCAUCUGCCUUAAAAUAUAUCAUUCCCGCAUGCUGAGGCAGAGAGACCAUGCUCAUGUAGGAACAAUUAAAUAGGUAUUUGAACAGGCCCCAACUUCUGGGAUGUACCUGAAGCUAGGCUUUGCCUGAAGGGCCUUUUAGCAAUGCAUCGUAGUUGGAGGAGAAGGUGAAUUUGUUUCAGGAGGUUUUCUACUUGUUUUCCUGCACUUGAAAGUGAUCUAAGGUCAAGGCUUCCUGAAGUUGAGCUCAUCUGUUGACUCUAUGGGUGCAUUCAUGUCGUUUGUCUUGGCAUGUGAUUGGAAGGAAGGGUUUUUUUUUUUUUGUAGUUGUUGCUUUCUUCCUGAAUGUGGUUUUCCUUCUCGGUUUAGCCUCUAGCCCUGGGGUUUCUAGUGGUCUCCCAUCCCAGUAUUAACCUGGCCUGACCCUGCUGAUCUUUCUGGGGUUAGCCAAGGUUGAUUAAGUGCUGCCACUAUCUGCUGUGCUUUCCCAUAUUUAGCAGAUCACAACUCCCAUAAAUAGCAGGCAUUUGCUUCUGCGGACCAGCCCCUCCGUAAAUGAUUGCAUAAAUCCAGCUGGUUAAGCAGUGGGUCUCUAAGCAGUUUCCUUUAAGUCUAGGUCAGGGGUUGGCAACCUUAAACACUCCAUUUGGACAUAUUUCCCACAGAAAAGAAAACACAGGGAGCCACAAUACCUUUCCCAUGUCUGACUAUUUUCUGAGCGGCCACAAAACUAGCAUAUAUAGUUGAAAAGAUUCUGUUUUCUUCUGAAACUUUUCUUUUCUUGGAUUUAUCCAUUGUUGGCCUACCGGGGGUCAAAAAGCUCAAUAAAUCGCAUGCCGAAGGGUGUCACACAUUGGCAGGUGUGAUGCAUAUUUUGAGUGAUAGGGAGCUGUAGCUGAGGGAUGGAAGAGCCACAUGCAGCUCCAGAGCCACAGAUAACCUGGUCUAGGUUAACCCAACCCCCGUAUUGUUUACAUGUCAAGAUGGCGAUGGCAAAUCAAAUCAAAUAUAUUGAUUGGCUUCACACAUUGUAUUAAGCCAUAUUCUCUUUUAAUGAAGAUUUCUUAAAUAUGACACAAAUGACUAGGUUCAUGGCUUUAAGCCACAGUCACACCAAACACAUUCUGGCUUGGCUCAACUGCAGAAUUACAAAUGAAUUGAAACAAUUCUAUAUUUACAUAGCUCUGUAGAAUGAACACCUAUUUUAUUUAUUUCUUCAUCCCCCCAGUUUUAGCAGUUAAACUGUUAAAAGUGAUUUAUCGGCUUUCUAGAAGAACUCCAGUGUGUUUAGUAACAGCAUCAGGUUGGACACCUGUGGCUUUUCUAAAGGAAUUGGGGAAAACGUUUUGGUACCUGCUGCUAGAAAUACCAGAGGUGGUGAUGAAGGAAAAACAGUGUUUUCACAAUCAGAGAAAGGACUAUUCUCCUUUUCCAGCCCCAUUUUUGUAGCCUAGUCCCGAUUCCCAUGUUUACUAUCAGUAGUCCUCGACAUAAUGACCACAAUUGGGACUGGAACUUCUGCACUAAGCAAAGUUUAUGAUCUUUUUGCAGUGAUUCUUAAGCAAAUCGCCCAGCUGUUAAGGAAACCGGGCUUCCCCCAUUGACUUGGCUUGUUGGAAGCAAGCUAGGAAAAUCACAGAUGGCAACCAUGUGAUCCCAGGACACCCGCAAACAUCCUAAGUGCUGGCCAAGUCCCCAAACGUUGAUCAUGUGACUGUGGCGACGCUGCAACGUAGGUGCAAGGACUGAUUGCCAGUCACUUUUUUCACUAAACGAACGGUUGCAAGUUCAAGGACUACCCGUAUUGUGUUGCUAUUAGAAAAGCCGGAGCACUCCAAAGAUGGUAGCAUUUCUAAUCAGUGUUUUGGAUAUCUGACCUCCUAUAUUGCAGAUUGAUUGAUUGUCCACAUUUUUACGGUGCACAGCCUAGAGCCUCUUGAUGGCUUACAUCAAGGAUUGUAUGUCCUGCACUGUUGAUAUCUGGGAGUAUGGGGGG